AUGAAUGAGAGCACCAAAGACUUCUACUUCCGUGGCGGCGGAAACAUCAUGGAAGCCCACCAUAUGACUCGCUAUGUCUAUCCUUGCCUCUUCGAUUACCACAAGUCACAACUCCUCAUGCCAGCCCCAAGAAACGCAUCGCAACGAUCUCGGCCGCAGGGUCGCGGGCAGUGGGAUAAUACAUUCAUUUCCAUAUCCCCAGUUCAGUCCAAACAGAAUCGUCCUCCCACUUUAGAGAAAUUCAAGGCUACGCUGAGUGCCCAGACGCGUCAACAAGACUGCAAGAGCAGGAACUCACUUGGGCGAGCUAUGGCACGCAUAUCUUGCUAUGAGGGCAAUACGACUCUUGAGGCAGGGAAGAUAAAGUUGAAGGAUGGGCCGUACUACAUUAUUAGGAGGACGACAGCCAUUCGACUGGCACAUGGUGAGACUUUUAAGGCCGCACGCGAGACUCAAACAUAUCACAUUCCCGUGAAUAAAUGGAAGGAUUUAAAGCCGAAUUCGAGUGUCAAGCACGACUGCUGGUGGCAAAGGUUACAGGAUUUGUUCACAUCAAGUUUUGACAGAGCUUGGUGGAACACAAUCGACCAAUUUGAGAACGUUCUACAUCUCCCAAGUCCGCAGACACAAUGGCUCCCUAGAAACGAUAUAAUUGAGUGCGGGAUUCGACCUGUGCCAAGUCCUAAAAAACUUCCACCUGAUCAGAAGGACUGCCCAUCGUGCUUAGAUACCUUCUUUACCGAAGCUGGGCCAGCCUACCGAUUCCCCUGCGAUCACUUCCUUUGCCUCACAUGCUCGGUAUCUCUGAUUGAUGCAGCAGAUAAGAAUAAGCUAGGCCCAGAAGAUGUCAAUAAGUAUCCUGAUGGUCCAUUCAUACGCUGUCCUACCUGUCGGUUCUUCAUAUCUGUGGGAAAUCGCCGUAUCGAUUUCAUUCGACCGGAUGAAGUCAAGUUUUGGAGAUGGCGAACCGUUAUUGACGCGCUGGAGAACAUGCUGACACGAGAUCUGGUCGGCGAGAUCAACUUCUCACAAGAAUCUGGAUAUAUCCCCCCGUUUAGUCUGCACAACCGUGAACAACCCGAUAUCGCAUUGGGAGUCAGAGACGCUGCGCGAGCGCACAUUCGCAGUGAGCACUUAACCGAUUGGAUGAUGAGAGUACCUGUGUAUGCUGCUUCACUGCAACCAUGGGGCCACGAUGCCGACAACCCGACGAGAUUUCCCGAAUCGAAAGUAUUGCAUGCCGCUCUCAUUGAGGAGUUUAAUUGUCUCGAACAAGCUCGAACACUGUUCACUAUUAAGGAACUGAUGGGCCAUUUAACACGACUGGGAGACUGGGCCGUAUAUCCACGGUUACGAAACCUGACAGAUAAUCAACGGCAACACAACCCAAUGUACCCACCGGGAUUUGAAACAUAUCUAAUAUGGCUUUGCGAAUGGAUUUCUUAUGGGGCUUUUAUUCGGCCUACAGCUCGAUCGGACCUAUAUCGUUUUCUGGAGAGGAUGGACCGGGAGAAGGGGGUUUGGUGGAAAGGGCAUCCAUUUUUGAGAAAGGCUUGA